AUCUUCAUCAUGAGAGGUCCUUUAUGGAGUCACCUUAAAGCAGCUCCAUGGGAGGUACUGAUAUACUCACUAACUUCAGUGAGAGAAGUAGCAGUAGUAGUUGUAGUAGUAGCAGCAGCUCUGAAGAGGACAAUGCAGAUGAUGAUGAUGAUGAUGGGUGUGUAGAUGAUUGGGAAACUCUCGCUGAUGCAUUAGAAGCUGAGAAGGAGAAUGAGAAAGAGAAACUCCUUCAUGAGUCAAUCAAGAAGCAAGAGAAUGUUGCACAUUCAGCUUCUAGUGUGGGUGUUGGAGAUGCAGCAUCACGAGCUUGGAGACAAGAUGAUGAUCAUCGUCCUCAGGGUUUACCUAAUCUGGCCAAGCAUCUUAGUUUUCCGGAGCUUGACAAGCGUUUCAGCACUGUGUCGAUACCCUCUUCAUGUCCUAUUUGUUAUGAAGACUUGCACUUUACGGAUUCAUGUUUCCUCCCAUGUCCGUGCGGGUUCAGGCUCUGUCUUUUCUGCCACAAGACUAUUAGCGAUGGAGAUGGGCGUUGUCCUGGAUGCAGGAAACCAUAUGAACGGAUCAUAGCUGAGACUAGUCUUGAAAAUGGUGGUUUAACAGUUCGGUUGACUCGUUCCUCUAGCAUGUUUUGCAGGUUUUAGAAAAAAAAGAGAUGUUGUUUCUCUGUUUUCAUGUCCAUCACUGUUGGACUCUCUCUGGUUCUUUUUUUUUUAGCUUUAGGUAAUGUGGGUAUAGUGUUGUCU